UGUCCAGAGACGGGUUGCGUCCUAGUUGCCACAGAGAAGCUAGACGGUGUUAGAACAUUCGAGAGAACAGUGGUGCUUCUUCUGAGAAUAGGAACCAAACAUCCACAAGAAGGGUCAUUCGGAGUGGUCAUCAACCGCCCGCUUCACAAAAACAUCAAGCACAUGAAACCAACUAAUAACGAACUCACUACCACGUUUUCAGAUUGUCCCCUUUUCUUUGGAGGGACGCUUGAAGCGAGCAUGUUCUUACUGAAAACAGGUGAUAGAGCUAAGCUCCCUGGGUUUGAAGAAGUCAUGCCCGGCCUAAGCUUUGGUGCUCAAAACAGCUUGGAUGAAGUUGCAGCACUUGUAAAAGAAGGAAUACUCAAGCCACAAGACUUCAGAUUCUUUGUCGGUUAUUCUGGUUGGCUACUAGAUCAGCUCAGAGAGGAAAUUGAAUCAGAUUACUGGUAUGUGGCAGCGUGUAGCUCAGAUUUAAUAUGGGAGGAUUCAUCAGAAAACUUGUGGGAGAUUUUGCAGUUGAUGGGCGGUCAUUACUCAGAGAUUAGUCGGAAACCGAAGCUGGAUAUGUAGAUAUCAUAUUGGUGCUAGUAAAAC